AUGAAUAACAUACACGCUCCCACGGUGCCUUCAGGCCCCACAACCAACGCGGGAACCAACGGCAGUAUCGCUCACCUGACUUUUACGGAACUUCAAAGGAAGAAAGUUGAUAUGGAAGCUGAGCUGAGAGCUUUGGGCGCAGUCCUUGAUUCUCACGGGGUUAAUAUGACUAGCCCGCUUACGACUCAAGAUGGAUUCCCAAGGGCCGAUAUAGACGUCGCGCAAGUGCGCACCACCAGAGCCCGCAUAAUUCACCUCCGUAAUGAUUACAAAGACCUGAUGGCUCUAGUUGAAAAACACCUCCAUGAACACUUUGCUAGUCUUCAAGAGAACGACGAGGCUCAGCCUUCAUUUUCGGGUAGUGACGAUGGCUUGCCGUUGGAGCACACUACCCCACUGCUGCUCCAGCAGCCAUUUGCGCAGGUUAACAGCGUUGUCUCAGGCAGCCCAGCCGAAAGUGCUGGCCUAAGGCCGCAAGACGAGAUUCGCAACUUUGGGUAUGUCAACCAUUCAAACCAUGAUGGCCUUAAGAAGGUAGCCGAGUGCGUCCAAGGAAGCGAAGGUACCACCUUCGUCAAGCGUCACUUGACUGGUGAAUUCGAGAAGAAGUACAUGGCCACUCUUGGUGUGGAGGUUCACCCCCUGGGCUUCACUACGAACUUUGGCCAGAUUCAAUUCGACGUCUGGGACACCGCUGGUCAGGAGAAGUUCGGCGGUCUCCGCGAUGGAUACUACAUUAACGGCCAGUGCGGUAUCAUCAUGUUCGACGUUACGUCUCGUAUUACCUACAAGAACGUCCCCAACUGGCACCGCGAUCUCGUCCGCGUUUGCGAGAACGUACCCAUUGUUCUUUGCGGCAACAAGGUUGACGUGAAGGAGCGUAAGGUCAAGGCCAAGACUAUUACUUUCCACCGCAAGAAGAACCUCCAGUACUACGACAUCUCUGCCAAGUCCAACUACAAUUUCGAGAAGCCCUUCCUCUGGCUUGCACGCAAGCUCGUUGGCAACGCUGCUCUGGAAUUCGUUGCCGCGCCGGCUCUUGCCCCUCCCACCGUACAGGUCGACGAGAAACUCCUGGAGCAGUACAGCCAGGAGAUGAAAGCUGCCGAAGGCAUUCCCCUCCCUGGUGAGCUUUCGGAUGAUGACUUGUAA